UGUAGCACUAUGAGAUCCAUGUUUUAGAUCUUUAUAGAUGUUAUGUUAAUAUGCUACAUGAACUGCGAGGAAGUUCGGUAGUCUGAUUAUUGAGGGACUGUUGCUAUACCAUACUUAUCACACGAAGAUCUUUGUAUGUGUUUGCGAGAAGGAAAUGCAUGUUACAUUGAAGUAGUCUCCGCUGAAGACCGUUUUCCUCUUUCAGAAACGUUAACACAAUUUUAAAAUGUUUUGUGUAAAUUAUAGAUUCAUAUUUUCUGUAAUUAAUCUAAUUAUUAAAGUUAGAAAGUUUCACCUAAUACAGGUUCUCUUUUAAUGAGUUCAUUCACUGAGCAUGGUUUUGAAGAAUGGAAAGAAAAAGCAGAGCACUUAGCUAGUUGUAGACAUGCACCAAACAUUACUGUGCUACGGUAUGCUCAAGCAAGGUUGCUAAUUCAUCGGGCAGAUAACAGUUCAGCAAUGAAAUGAUAUAUGCACGACUACAUAGUUUUACAAUUAUAUUCAUUUUGGGAUAUUCUACUAUUUUCCGCAUCAAAUUGUUAAACACGUGUUGACAAGUCAAUAAAACAAAAUGCAAAAAAAAAAUUCUAUUUAUCUCCCUGAGAGCGCUCAAUCCUGAGCUACAUUUGAUACGAACUCUACGCAAAACCUGGAACGGUGAUAUUUCACACAAGGACGAAAUAUUUUUUUAUUACAAACAAUAUGAUAUUGUUAGUGCCUUAUUAAAGAAAAUUAGACUCUUUGGACUGAAAGGAAAAUGCGAUUGUUAGCCUUUGGUAAAAGAGAGGCCGUCUUUCUUCAAAAAUAUAUAAUAAAAUGCACAAUGUCUCCAUCAAAUAUUUUGCAUAGCAUAGUCUGACCUGUACAAUGCGAAAAAGUCGCGUUUAAACUAUUAAGUUCAUUUUCAUAUGUAUUUAUAUCAACAACGUCGGAAAGCACAAUAAAUAAAUGUAUAAAAUAACCCAGGUAGCUUGCGGCUGCUGGAGCGCUCUUUAGGAUGAUUUUUUUUCAGGGGAGGGGGGAAUAUAUUAAAGAUUUGCAUACUAACUGUAUUUACUUCAGCAAGAGGGUGGGAGUAUAAGGAUAUGCUAAUUAGAGGGGGAUUUUUGGAAGGGGGUGGAAUAUCAAUUUUUAUUGCAUCACCUGUCAGUGGCAUCCAAUCAGAGCUGGCUUUAGGGGAAUUAAUUGAUGAAGGUGUCUCCCGACGAGCUCACUUCACUCUGUCAUCUUAUUUGUGGGAGAAGCAGCGGCGGGAAUAGCAGCUGCAUUUCUCUCUCUCUCUCUCUCUCUCUCUCUCCCUCUCUCUCUCUCUCUCUCUCUCUCUCUCUCUCUCCCUCUCUCUCUCUUCCCCUUUCUCCCUCUCUCUCCCUCCCUCUUUCUCUCUCUCUCUUCAUUCUCUCUCAUAUAUUAGAGUAUAUUCAUGAGUAUUUCGAAUAAUUAAAAGAUUGCAGGAUGCCAUGAGGAAUGUCGAAUUCCGCAGUCGAUGUUUUUUUUCAGCGAAUGUGGGACAGAAUUUAGGUGUCGAUAUGGGAGACUUGGAAUCGGGUUAUGAAGAGGUGGAUGGUGUGAGACUUGGUUACCUUAUAAUUAAGGGGAAACAAAUGUUUGCGCUUUCCCAAGUAUUCACUAAUCUGCUGAAAAAUAUACCCAGGACAACUGUACAUAAAAGGAUGGACCAUCUAAACGUGAAGAAACAUCACUGCGAUUUGGAAGAAUUAAGAAAACUCAAGGCAAUAAAUUCUAUUGCUUUUCAUGCAGCUAAAUGCACUCUGAUUUCUCGGGAAGAUGUGGAAGCCCUGUACACUUCUUGUAAAACCGAACGAGUUCUUAAGACUAAGAGGAGAAAAAUAAAUAGAACAUUGUUAUCAACGGACCUCAAACAGGAAAAGGCCCCCACUGAUCGCUACGCGAGUUUUUUGAAAGAGAACAAAGUUUGGUUGAGUUUGAAUGGAAAACCGCAGCCUUUGGCUGGAAUUAGCCGGACUUUGCAAGGAGGCGGCAGCUCGCUACCGGCCUCCAAUCUACCUCAAUUCUACAGCAAAUUUACCAGCCACAGUUACACAGAAAUGGUCCGAUCACAUUGCAAAGCCCCCCAAAACUACGAAACCGCUGAAAUAUCAAGUAACUGUGUGGCGUUUCACACAAAUCACUCCUUAUUUCGGAGCAUGAUUUGCCGACAUCCCGUAUUUUACCAAUCCGCCAUCGCCUAUUAUCCUAAGUCUCCAAAUGCUACCGGGUUAACGUAUUAUUUCAGGCGCAAAAGUUCGUGUGAAAUCACUCAGAAACAUUCGGGGAGUUCAAGCACUGCCAAGCGAAUCUUGCUGGCGGCAGCUGCUCCUAAAUCUUACAAAACUAAAGGAGGGGAUCAGUGCUUGAAUAAAUUUCAUCUCGCCAACGGACUGCAUUGUAACCAGGGGCCCUUGCAAGAAAGCUGCAGUAGCGAUUCCGAGACCAGCUCCUUCUCUGAUCGAGCAGACAACGACUCGGACUUUGGAUCGAGUUUGUCGAGUUCCAGCAACUCGGUUUCUUCGGACGAAGAAGAGGAGGACUCUGUGUCCGAAUCCUCCGACGUAACCUCGGCUAGUGACGAAGACAGCUCCUCCGAAUCGGAUUCUAGCUCCGUUUCCAGCCAAGUUUCACUUCAAAGCAUUCGAUUCAGGCGCACCAGUUUCUCGAGCAUCUGCAGUAAACCUCUUGUUUUAACGCAGCCGAAUUUCCACUACCAGUUUCAAGCCAAAAACAAUAAUGUGGUGUAUGAAACAGCCGGUAACGAUCUCCUAGAAGGAAGAACUUCACAUUGUAAUUUAAAGUCCUCGGCUGUUGUGAAGAGAAAUGAGCAGAACUGGACUAUCAAGUCACAUAACGUGUGCUGCUCUACUGGCUAUGGAAGUUGCGUGGCCGAGAUAAAUAACGACAGGAUAUCCGAGUUUCCAUUCCCACAUACUGAAAUUUCACAAUAUCUAAAGAGGACUGAAUCGACAAUUAACCGUGCUGCAGAAGGGGGGCCUUCACCUAGCCCAAAGGGAAACACCGAGUUUCCACAACAAAGAACAUUAACAGAGUCGAGGAAAUGCCUUGGAGCAUCUAUAUCACACUGCGCAGAAGAAAACAAUGUGACAAUAGUGUCCGAGCCUCAAGACAAUGAUUCCCCAUUAGCAGUAAAUGUAGAAAAAGAAUCGAAAAUCAUCGCACUAUCCUCGGCUUUCCAGAGUUUAAAUGCGGACUGUAGUCAGGGGCCUGCCAUUCACAUUCACAAGGACGAUGUAGACAGGGGGAAAACAAUUAUGCACAAUAUUACAGUUAAACUGGAAGAAAAUAGCUGCGAGGAAGAAUACGGAUAUAUGACUCAACACCCUAGAAAGAAACUCAAGUACGCGUGCAAUGUAUCGAAGCAAGCAGUAACCACUUUAAGUGAGAAUAAAAUGCGAGACUGUGUUUCGACGAAGGCGAAAGAAAGCUAUGUGUGCACUGAAAACGCUACCAAUUCCCAAAACGCAUCCAGACGAAGCGAAGACCUUCACAGCACUUUAAACAUUCCAAUUUUAGAAGACUGCGAAUUUCGAAAUGGUGCGAGAAUAAGAAGGAAUUACAGGACUUUAGUGCUGGGGAAACAGCAUACUUUGCAAAGCUCAUCAGUCAAAACAAUUGUGAAAUCAGAGAAUCCGCGUCUCACAGGUAAACCAGAUGUGCAUGAAGGAACACUAGAAGAAUUUGCUGGUACAAAUAAACGUAAGCGAGUAGCCAAUGGUGUAGCAUCCACGUUGAAAAGGCCAUUUAAUUUCAUGGCAAAUUUUCCAUCUCCACCGUCACUAAUUAUUGGCAACGAUGGGGAUUUGUGCCCUGCGUAUUCACUGAACUCUACCAAGGAUCCCGAAGCACCUCAGAAGGCCCAUCCUGUGUGGAAAUGGCAGAUGGGUGGUGCAGCAAUACCUCUCCCGCCUAGCCAUAAAUUCAGACGAUUUAACUUAUGAAAGGGAUAUUUUGGAUUUAAAAAACUUUGCCUCUGCGAAAUAUAUAUAUAUAUAUAUAUAUAUAUAUAUAUAUUAAAAUACUUUUCUGGUUUCUUUGUCAUGACUACGACCGGAUAUUAAAUCUCGACAAAAAAAAAGCAAAAUUUCAUAUUGGAGUAAUGUUCUAGAAAACCGAAAACAUUUCGAGUGGAUUAUCCUUUUAAUUUACCAAACACCGCUCUCUGCUGACCGAGGCAUUCCGCAAUACACUUUGUGAACUACUAAUGUCACUUUGAGGUUGUUUUACGGUUGUUUUCGAACAGUUAAAAUAAAAUUAUUUCAAUGUUCAAAAUAUAAGUCAGUACCUCCACAAGAUUACUGCAAAAUGUACGUCACGAGUCGACAUUGUGAAAUGUUAGAAAAUGAGCCAUUAAAUGUAUGCACUACAGUUUUAAAUCGUAAAUGACUUUAUGUUUUGCCUGAGUGAUUGAUUAUACGGCAUUGGAACCACAGCAAAGUAUGAACGUUGUUUAACUUAAAAAAAACCUACCUUCAUCUGAAUCAAUAUGGCGGACAGAUUAUAUAAAAUAAGCCUGUACAUUGAAAAGAGUCCCCAUCCUUGGUGUUUAGAUAGAUAAGAACAAGCAGGUUACUGAUUUCAAAGCUUUGUUGCUUUUAGUCUUUAACCGUAAAAUAAUUGCUUUAAAUGUUUACCUCUGGAACCCUGAGACUGGCUAAAUCCUUAACGCUAACUUUGUACAUUAUUGCAUACAGAUAACAAAGAUAAAACAAAAUAAAAUCACUAAAAACUAGUAAAUAUAAAGUAUAAUCAAUCAAGCCAGGGGCCUUUACUUUUCAUUUUGAGCAUUUAGGCAAUGAAUGAACAACACAGGCACAUGAUUCAUCUUGCAACGUAUAGCUUUUGGACUUACAAAAUAGCAAGAAACUAAAAUUCUGCAUAAGACUCAGAUAUUCAACGUUCAGAAAAGACACCAGAAAUAGUGCAAAUGACAAUCAGAUUGCUGUACUUACAUUUACAUCUAAAGAUAGAAACUCAAUAAUGUAAGAUGCAUUGCAAAAAUUUAGGUGAGACAACUAUUUACUGUCUUUAGGGACUUCAUUCAUUGAGAAAGUCUAAAACAGAGUUUGCACUGUUAAUAUUACAUAAUUUAGCCUUGCAAUGAAAAGUAUGACAGGUGAUAAAGAUGUGCUUUGAUUACAGUUGUUUCAUUUUACAGUAGUAUAAUAUGUUAUGAUUUACAUAGUCCUAGAAAUGUAAGGGGUGAAUUUGCAUGGCAUUUUAACAUAGAAAUUACAAUUGUUUAAAUUGACAAGCAGUGUGUUAAUUAGGUAUUUUGCACUUAAUGAGGGAGUUUUAGGUCUCUGAAAAAUACAGAUGUUGUAAAGUUUGUAAAAAACCUGUAUCAAAGGGAUAUGCAAAAAGUUAAUGAUGAAGGAAAAGUGUUGCAUU